GCAACGGGCCCCCGGGCGGGGCGGCAGGCCUCAGGCCCCCGGGCGGGGCGACAGGCCUCGGGCCCCCGGGCGGGGCGACAGGCCUCGGGCCCCCAGGCGGAGCGGCGGGCGCCGGACCCCCAGGCGGAACUACAGGUCUCGGGCCCUCAGGCAGAGCGGCGGGCGACGGACCCCCAGAUGGGAGCGACAGGUCUCGGGCCCUCAGGCAGAGAGGCGGGCGCCAGACCCCCAGAUGGAGCGACAGGUCUCGGGCCCUCAGGCGGAGCGGCGGGCGCCAGACCCCCAGAUGGAGCGACAGGUCUCGGGCCCUCAGGCGGAGCGGCGGGCGCCGGACCCCCAGAUGGAGCGACAGGUCUCGGGCCCUCAGGCGGAGCGGCGGAGCGGCGGGCGCCGGACCCCCAGAUGGAGCGACAGGUCUCGGGCCCUCAGGCGGAGCGGCGGGCGCCGGACCCCCAGAUGGAGCAACAGGUCUCGGGCCCUCAGGCGGAGCGGCGGGCGCCGGACCCC